GACCACCAUGGAGAGACCAACAAAGACAGUGAGACUGCCAGAGAUCUUAUGAGCUCUGAGGUCAAAGAGGUGGGGGCAUAUGUUCCACAGACAAAGAGAAUGGUACCCCGAUUUGCUGGCAUCGCAGAGGCCUCCAUUGACCUGAGGGAUUCCUCUGUCUCCUUGGAGAGGCCAUUGGUCAGGCCUCGGGAAGCCAUGGCUCGCCUCCCAAACCUGUUCAGCAAGAGUAGCACCCAGCUGGGGGAGCAGAGCUGCACAGGCGAGGGCGAAGACAACACCAAGCUCCUCGGGUUGCCUAAUAUUGGCAACACCUGCUUCAUGAACUCUGCUCUGCAGUGCCUGCUGGGGCUGCCAGCAUUUUGCAGAGACAUCCUGAGACAGCAGGACACCUGGAGUUCCUCCCCCUCCUCUAAACUGCUAUGCUGCUUUGCCGAGUUACAUCAGGCAAGGCUUUCUGGAGGCACUGUCAAUGCUAAGAAAAAGGAAAAGAUGAAAAUCCUUCAAACAGUCAAGCGCUGUCUCUCCGUUGUCAAUGAGGACUAUGAGGACGACGGUGAACAGGAUGCCCAUGAAUGUGUGUUGCUCCUCCUCUUUCAGCUGAAGGAGGAGGGUAUGGCAUUAAAGGGCUCCCCAGAGCCAUACACCUGCCCCGUGAAGCAGUUAGAAUUCAAGCUGAAGACUUUCCGUACCUGCACCAGCUGUGGAGUUAUAGUGUAUGGUCAGGAGGAUUACAAUCACCUGUCACUGAACCUGAGCCAAGACCUGACACACAGCCUGGACCUCUACUUUAAGCCAUCUGCAUUAGAGUGUGCAUGCAGGGUGUGCUCAGGCAGCAUGGCAUCUGUGACUAGGCACUUCCUCACGCUGCCCCGGGUCCUAAUGCUUCAUAUCAAGCGGUUUACUGCAGGCAACUGGGAGCCAGAGAAGGUGGAUGAUCCCAUAUCCAUCCCUGCAGAACUGACCCUCCCAGCCGUAUGUGGGGCGACAGCCCCUGUCCAGCAUGGAGCCAGGGCAAGCUCCAUGGGGAAAAACAACAUGGACAACACACCUGCAAACUCCCCGAAAGGCACCCUUGAUAGACCAGCUUCAAAUUCCUCUGACCAGCUAGAGAAACCAGCUGUUAGUGAGAAAGAGCAGCAGGCAGCCGCUGUGAGACACCAGCCAGACAAUAUCUACAAAUUGUCAAGUGUGAUCUCACAUCUGGGAGACAACAUGUGUACAGGCCACUACAUCAGUGAUGUUUUGGACAGCCGUGGCAGUGGGUGGCUCUGCCUGGAUGACGCACAUGUCUUGAGGACAGAUGAGGCCACUGUGCUGAGGGCAACGGCACAGACUGCCUACAUCCUGUUCUAUGUCUGCAGUGGAGCAGGUGAAGGAGACCAGGCCCCUCACUACUAGGAGAAGCACCAGGAGAACCCAUCGUUAGGGGCACAGCGCUCAGGGACCACCUGGAGUAGCACCUACCGCACACCAAGAAACAUCAGAUUCAUCGAAUUAGGAUGCCCUAGACCACCAUCAAGCUGCCCUAGACCACCAUCAAGCUGCCCUAGACCACCAUCAAGCUGCCCUAGACCACCAUCAAGCUGCCCUAGACCACCAUCAAGCUGCCCUAGACCACCAUCAAGCUGCCCUAGACCACCAUCAAGCUGCCCUAGACCACCAUCAAGCUGCCCUAGACCACCAUCAAGCUGCCCUAGACCACCAUCAAGCUGCCCUAGACCACCAUCAAGCUGCCCUAGACCACCAUCAAGCUGCCCUAGACCACCAUCAGGCUGCCCUAGACCACCAGAAGAAACAGCCUACACCACUGUAGGCUAUCCACUGUUUUAUAUUUAUAUAAACAUCUCACCUACCUAGUGCAAUUCAUUUUCCUUUACUGUACAUGGUAGUUAAUAACUGCACCUACAGUGCAUUCAGAAAGUAUUCAGACCCCUUGACUUUUUCCACAUUUUGUUAAGUUACAGCCUUAUUCUAAAAUGGAUUAAAUUGUUUUUCUUCUUCUCAUC